UUUUAUAAACAGUCCCGUCCCCACCCAAACGCUUGAGCAGCUGGAGGCAUGAAAGCUUUUUUUAGUUUCCAAGACAGCCGGCUCGGAGCAACAAGUAUAUCUCCAAUUUCAGUUUGCAGAAACUUUUUAAGUUUUCAGUAUUCAUGUUCAAAAUGCAGGUUGUGCGCUUCAACAAGCAAAACGUCGCUUUGAUUUGUGCACUGGCGUCCGUUCUCUACUUUUUGCUCCACGCCAAGACUCAGCGCAUCGAGAUGGAGUACGAAAUUAAUGAGAAGGCGAUAUUAGUGUGGGAGCAUGUGGCCGACUUCAAUAAUAUGAAGGCUCUCAACCCUACAAUAUUGGAAUUCAACAUUAUGGACGACAAGGGCAACUACAAAAACUGGCAGUACACUGUCGAGUAUACCGAGAAUUUGACCAGUUUUCCUUCGAUAAAGAACAAAGCUGUCGGACACUACACCGUUCGCCCAGACGGAAGCGAUUUUGUCAUUGAAUCGACUCAUAAAACGUGCUUUUUUAACGCCUAUUGCCUCUCGUCUGCCUCUGAGUUUCGGUUCAGCAUGAAAGGGGGCACGAAAACAACUUGCAAGGAAACAAUCGAUUUCCAAUGUCCUUAUUUGCUGACGAAAAUUUGCACAUCAGAGGCCAUGCAUCAGAGGGCAAUGAUCAAAAAUAAUUUGAUUAAAUUCUUCGACAACAAUCCCCAGAUAUAAAUCAUGCAGCUUUUGACUGAAAUUAAGUGCCAAAGGACAAGAAUCUCUAUUAAUUUAAAUUUCAAAUGUAUUUUCUAAAAUUAUAAAAUAAAUUUCUUCUAAUAAA